AUGUCCAUUCAAACUAGUGAUAACUCAGAAAACUCAGACUCCUUAAAAUCACUUUCUUUGAUUGCAUCUCAUUCCCAUAUUACUGGGUUGGGUUUAGAUGACAACCUACAACCAAGAGAGUCUGCCGAAGGUAUGGUUGGCCAACUACAAGCUAGACGUGCUGCCGGUAUAAUAUUGAAGAUGGUUCAAAAUGGUACAAUUGCUGGUAGAGCUGUUUUAGUAGCUGGUCCACCUUCCACUGGUAAGACUGCUUUGGCCAUGGGUCUUGCCCAAUCUUUAGGCAAAGAUGUUCCAUUUACCACCAUUGCUGGCUCUGAAGUAUUCUCUUUGGAAUUGAGUAAGACUGAAGCAUUAACUCAAGCUUUUAGAAAAUCUAUUGGUAUCAAAAUCAAGGAAGAAACUGAAUUAAUUGAAGGUGAGGUUGUUGAGAUUCAAAUCGACAGAUCGAUUACUGGUGGCCAUAAACAAGGAAAAUUGACCAUCAAGACCACUGAUAUGGAGACUAUUUAUGAGCUAGGGAAUAAAAUGAUUGAUGGACUAACGAAAGAAAAAGUCUUAGCUGGUGAUGUUAUUUCUAUUGAUAAAGCUAGUGGGAAAAUUACUAAAUUAGGUAGAUCCUUUGCUAGGUCAAGAGAUUACGAUGCAAUGGGAGCUGACACGAGAUUUGUUCAAUGUCCAGAGGGUGAGUUGCAAAAAAGAAAAUCUGUAGUUCAUACAGUAUCAUUACAUGAAAUUGAUGUUAUCAAUUCUAGGACUCAAGGAUUCCUUGCUUUAUUCACUGGUGACACUGGUGAAAUAAGAUCUGAAGUAAGAGACCAAAUCAAUUCUAAAGUAGCAGAAUGGAAAGAAGAAGGGAAAGCAGAGAUAGUUCCUGGUGUGUUGUUUAUUGAUGAAGUUCACAUGCUAGACAUUGAAUGUUUUUCGUUCAUCAAUAGAGCUUUAGAAGACGAAUUUGCUCCAAUUAUUAUUAUGGCUACGAAUAGAGGUAUCUCAACAACCAGAGGAACCAAUUACAAAUCUCCACACGGGUUACCAUUAGAUUUACUUGACAGAUCCAUUAUCAUUACCACAUCGAAUUACAAUGAACAGGAAAUUAAAGCUAUUUUAUCAAUCAGAGCGCAGGAGGAAGAAGUUGAAUUAUCCCCAGAUGCAUUAGAUUUAUUAACUAAGACAGGGGUAGAGACAAGUUUACGCUAUAGUAGUAAUUUGAUUUCGGUUGCUCAACAAAUUUCAUUAAAGAGGAAGAGCAAUAUUGUAGAAGUGGAAGAUGUUAAGAGAUCCUAUUUGUUAUUCUUAGAUAGUGCCAGAUCAGUGAAAUAUGUCCAAGAAAAUGAAUCACAAUAUAUUGACGAUAAGGGGAAAGUAACCAUAUCAACAAGCACUGCAACUGCACCAAUUACUGACGACAGUGCUAUGGACACAACUGAAUAA